AUGAAGAUGCUAUCCAGUCUUCUUUUCCUGAGCGUGUUGCUUUGUGCAAACUUCACACUGUCACGCCAUCUGUCAUGUUACAGAGAAAUGCUAAGAAACCACAACUGUCACAGCAUCUCAGAGGGAAAAGCCAGCCUUCAACCAAUUGAUGGAAGUCUUCAAGAUCACUUCGGCGAGGGAAAAGUCUGUAAAAUGGUCUGUUAUUGCAAUUUCAGUGAAUUACUGUGCUGCCCAAAGUAA